AUGAUUGGGUCGGCUCAACUGGAGCAAUAUCGCCUCACAGAAAACCGGCGUGGAACAACCGUGUUGUAUCAGCUAGUUAAAGUCUUCCGUGAGAAGCUCCCACCCAGCGUGCCGUGGCACACCGCGGGAGUGCAGUAUGUUAUCGAAGCCUCUGGAAUGUUCACCAGCCUAGAAAAAGCAUCGGGUCAUCUAGCAUGUGAUGGUGUGAAACGCGUGAUCGUGACAGCUCCCAGUAUCGAUGUUCCCAUGAUAAUUAUUGGCGUCAAUGACCAUAAAAUAUCUACAGAACAAAAGGUCCUAUCAUGUGCUUCAAGCACGCUGUACUGCUUAGCACCAAUUGUAAAGGUUCUGGAAGAGAAGUAUGGUGUGACAGAGGGUUUUAUAACCAGCAUACAUGCUAUGACGCCUUCUCUCAAACCGCUAGAUGGACUAUGCUUGAGGGGAAAGCAUUGGCGCGACCACAGGAGUAUCCACCAGAAUAUAAUUCCAGCGAGUACUGGGGCAUGCAAAGCUCUUGGCAAGAUCAUUCCCCAAGUGAAGGAUAAGCUGACUGGACUGGCAUUUAGAGUUCCCAUAGUCAACGUUUCUGUUCUAGACUUGACUGUAAAAGUUUUGGAUUCCAUAUUUUUUUCCGAAAAACAAUUACUCAAACCAUCGAAACUGCCUUGUAAGACGACGUUUAUUCGAGCGAAAGUGAAAAAACAAGACGAUGUACAAGAAACUGAACGCAACAAGAUACAAUGCAACGUAGCAGUGACCGGUGCACAUAAAAUAAGUGGUAGCUCCUCGCAGGAGACCACGAUAAAGAGAAAGCCGAUUACUCGCUUGGCGAUGUUAAGGAAACCGCUCACCUUACAUAAUUCGGAAGGUGUUUCAACAGCAGCUAAUUGCAAUCGUGGCACCAAAAAGAGAAACGAACUCUUCAAAAUAUGGGACGAUAAUAACGAUGCACAGAAAACUGCUGUAAGAUCGAAUAGAAGUUCACUAUUUCACAGUUGCAUGGCUUUUGCACCCAAAAAUACAGAGACGGAAAAUUGUUUGAACGCUCAAGAACGUUUGGAAAAUGUCAAAAAGGAAUUCUGCAAAAUGGCGAAUAUCACUGAAGAUUUGCUCAAAAAGUCCUACAUAAACAAAAUGCAGCCAGGGAAUACCGAUAAGACAACCCUCAAGGAAGCUAAAACGGAUGGUGAUGUCGGUAAACAUUCCAAAAUAGACGAUAAUAAAACGUUUGUACCGCCAAUCAGCAACGAAAUAUUCAAAGUUUGUGGAGACUUUAAGAAAAGAGUGAUGAAAAGGCAUGCAGUCGAUUGUAGCAAAGAAGAAAUAAAUUGUAGCAGUCCUGGUGAUCGCAAUAAAAACAUUUCAGAUUACUAUAUGACUGGGGAAGUCAAAAAGAGUGUCUGUAAUAAAAGCAUGCGUUUAGCACCAUCUCAAGACGAAACGGUAACAAAAAAGACUUCAACCAAUAAUCUUAGUCAGUUCAUAAAUAGUCCAAAUACUGCUAACGACCUAAUACACAACGCAAAUAAAUGUUCGAAGGACGAUAAGCCAUUCAGUUUUCAGAACCAAAUAGCUAAUACCACUAUUAACUUGUUUGAGAAAUAUGACGAUACGAAUUCGCCAAGUGAUAAUAUAGCAGGGCUAUCAGACAGUAUUUCAGAGGUACCUGAUGUCGACUCUGCUACUGAAUCCAUAACUCUUAAAGAUGCAAUAGAGGAAAAAGAAGUCCCAGUCAGAGCUACAGAAGACGAUGAUGAACAUUUAGAGAAAGAUACUUGUAGCACUCACUCGUCAACUACAAUUGCUAACAAAUCCGACAUAGCAGAUAAAGAAAAUUACACAGAUUUCUGCAAAUAUUUGCAUAACAAAAAUUACAACAUGCUGGUUAUAGAUGAAGAAUUGAAAAAACGGAAUAUAAUAAUAUUAGAAAACAGUUCUAGAGAUAAAGAUAUUGAAUCUGAGAUCAGCCUAAGGGUUUCUAGCUUCAACAAUAAAUUGAUUCCAGAACCAGUAAUUCUAAUUCCGGAUGAAACGUCGGGUUACUGCAGUCCCGGAGAAACACUGACCAGUGUCAGUAUCGGAAACAGGAAAAGACACAAACCCGACCUCUAUGACAAGCUAGACAGCGCCAGCGGCACUGACUCAAACAAUUCGUUCGAAAUCAACGAAAGAAAAUCUCAAGUAAUCCAUAUCACGGAUCUGACAAACUCGUUAGAUGAUUUGGCGCGGCUAGACAAGAUAUGCAGGAUCAUUGAGAUCUCCGACGAACUGUCAGACAAGUUGUUCUCGUCCUUGGAACAAUCGAAUCUAAUAGAACACAAGAAAUGGUCGUUCAGAGACCUAUGUGAAAGGAUACAGCUGGACGACUUCUGUAACAAAGUCUUCGGUAAAACAAGUAGUUGA